GAUAUGCAAAAACGAGAACGACAGCUGAAGGAAAUGUUGACAUAUCUUCGAAUUAAUGCGAAUUCCCUGGUCAUGCCAUGGGAUCAUGUAGUCUGUUAUCUUGAGGAACGACAAUGUGAUCCACCAAAGGAAUCAGUUGAUUUACCAUUACUGUAUUUGACUUCCUUCAAUGACUUGGUUAAGAAACACAGCGGCGAUGCUGCCGUUUGCUUAAUGAAUUUACCAAUUCCACCAAAAGAUAUUUCUCGUAGUGAGGAAUAUUUGCAAGUCCUGCGACAUUUGACCGAUGGCUUACCGCCAACAUUACUGGUUCAUGGUUUAUCAUCUAUUUCUCGUAGCGAGGAGUAUUUGCAAGUCCUGCGACAUCUGACCGAUGGUUUACCGCCAACAUUAUUGGUUCAUGGUUUAUCAUCUGUAAUAUCUACAUCACUGUAA